CAUCAUAUGCUAUCACAUUCUGUCUGCCUCCCAUCCCAUGUUUUCAACUUGCAUGUGUGGUUUGAAUGUGAAAGAAUUUGUGUGUGGUGUGUUCUGGAGUUUGGGAAUGUGUUCUGUGUUAUUUUUGUUUGAGCAGGUAUUUUGAUGAUAGAUCUUGAGAAUAUAUUUCCGACGCAACAAGAAUCGCUUCAAUCGGAGCAAGAACGCGAAAGCUAUGAAGAUUCAAAGUUCAUGAGCUUGCGUUACAAUUGCGGCGGUUACAAAGUGAAGUUGUGGGGUGACUCUAUAUGGAGUUGGGACCUUUGGGGUUGGGGAAAUUUGUCACUCUACUGUAACAGGUGCAAAUUGGUUGGGAACAACCAAGCUAGGUUGGCAAGGGUGGCCAACUUGGAUGGAUUGAGGUAGAGGCCGAGGUGACUAUAAUGAGGGGCAUGGGAGCUCUAGUGGCAGGGGGAGUACCAGAAUGGAGGGCACCUGCUGGUACUGCAAGAAGAUAGGGCAUCCUUGGUUCAAGUGCUUCAGCAGGCCGGAGGGAUGGGCACCUCCAGGCAUGAAGCCACCCAGUGGUGAACGCGCACAAGGUGGCGCUGUGCAAGAUGAAGGUGCACAAGGUAACGCCUAUCCUGGGAUGUAUCUCAUGGUUGAGGAUGUGCAUGGGCAUGAGGGUGAUGUGGGAUCUGUCGGAAAGGUUGUGAUGCACCCUCUCACGCACUGGGUGAUUGAUUCGGGUUGCACCAGUCACAUGACCCCACGGGCAGAUUUGCUUGAUGAGGUAAAACCCCCUGGGAAGAUUAAGUAUGUGGCAGCAGCGUCAGGUGCUUUGCUCCCCGUCGCCCUUGUGAAGAACAGGGUGCUGGCUACAGUUGGAGAUAAGGAGUGGAUCCCAUAUGUCAAGUGGUAUGGGAGUGCUCCAGCUGUGAACAUGCUGAGGGCAUUUGGGUGCAUGGUGGUGUUUCAUGUGCCUAAGGAGAAAAGAGGGAAGUUGGAGGCUUCUGGAAGAUGGGGUGUGCACUUGGGGAUUGCAAAGGAUCACAAGGGGUGGCUGCUAUGGGACUUGACCACCCAGAAGUUGACAGUGUCAAGGGAUGUGAAGUUUCUUGAGUCCCUGUACUACAAGGAAUGGAAGCAGCAGCAACAGAAGCUUCCAUCUACACCGCUCAUUGUGGAGGCAGAUGAGAUGGAUAUUGUGACUGCCUUUCUGAAUGGGAUCAUUAUGGAGGAGGUGUACAUGAAGCAGCCAGAGGGGCUGGAUGAUGGGAGCGGCAGGGUCUGCAGGCUGAAGAAGGCAAUCUAUGGCCUUAAGCAGGCGCCUCGUGCAUGGUAUCACAAGUUGGAGGAGGCGCUGGUGGCUGGGGGUUUCAAGAAGACACGUCCCCGUACGCCGCCCCGAUACUGUUCACGCCGAAGAAGGAUGGAGGGUUCGGAAUGUGCAUCGACUGCCGCGCGCUCAACAGGAUCACCAUCAAGUCACGUUACCCGAUCCCGCGGGCCGACGAACUUCUCGACCAACAUCGCGGAGCCAAGUUCUUCUCAAAAGAAUUACUUGCGAGAAGGUUACCAUCAAAUUCGCGUCGCCACCGAGGAUUGUCACAAGACGGCAUUUCGAACCCGCUAUGGCAGCUAUGAAUACCUGGUGAUGCCUUUUGGUCUCACGAACGCGCCCUCGACCUUCCAGAUGACCACGAACGAAAUUUUCAGGGAACUCCUGGACAAAUGCGUCAUUAUCUACCUCGACAAUAUCCUCAUCUACAGCUGCAGCAGGGAGCAGCACUUAUGGGAUCUUGAUGCAGUCUUCACGCUGCUGCACAAGAAUUGCCUCAUCAUGAAAGGGUCUAAGUGCGACUUUCUUAAGCAAGAGUCGGAGUUUUUGGGCCACAUCGUCUCUACCGAAGGAGUGAAAUCGACCCCAGGAAAAUCAAGACCAUCCAGGAAUGGAAGCCGCUAAGCAACAUCAAGGAGCUGCUGA